AUGAGUCGAGUGUGUAUUGUUGUUUUGGAGGAGAUAGAAGAUGAUUCUCCUAUAUUCAUUUCUAAAUUGCCCCAGGAAAGUAAAUCUCCACAUUCUCCACCUUCUGGAAAUGUGUUGCCAUCACUGGUGCAAGCUAUAUUUAAUGGUGAUCCAGAUGAAGUUCGAGCACUAAUAUUUAAGAAAGAAGAUGUUAACUUUCAGGACAAUGAGAAAAGAACUCCUUUGCAUGCCGCUGCCUAUCUUGGAGAUGCAGAAAUCAUUGAGCUGCUUAUUUUAUCUGGAGCUAGAGUUAAUGCCAAAGACAGCAAAUGGUUGACACCUUUACACAGAGCAGUUGCAUCUUGUAGUGAGGAAGCAGUUCAGAUACUUUUGAAGCAUUCUGCCGAUGUUAAUGCUCGAGACAAAAAUUGGCAGACCCCUUUACACAUAGCUGCUGCAAAUAAAGCUGUAAAGUGUGCUGAAUCUUUGGUACCUCUUCUGAGUAAUGUGAACGUAUCGGAUCGAGCAGGAAGAACUGCAUUACAUCAUGCAGCUUUCAGUGGGCAUGGUGAGAUGGUCAAACUACUCUUGUCCAGAGGUGCCAAUAUUAAUGCUUUUGAUAAGAAAGAUAGACGUGCAAUCCAUUGGGCAGCAUAUAUGGGUCACAUCGAAGUAGUGAAAUUACUUGUAUCUCAUGGAGCGGAAGUGACGUGUAAGGAUAAGAAGUCUUACACACCUCUUCAUGCAGCAGCCUCUAGUGGAAUGAUCAGUGUAGUCAAGUACCUUCUAGAUCUUGGAGUUGAUAUGAAUGAAGCAAAUGCCUAUGGAAACACAGCUCUUCACGUAGCCUGUUAUAAUGGACAAGAUGUUGUCGUGAACGAGCUCGUAGACUGUGGUGCUAACGUAAAUCAGAAGAACGAGAAAGGAUUCACUCCUUUGCACUUUGCUGCUGCGUCAACACAUGGAGCACUGUGUUUAGAACUUCUGGUUGGCAAUGGGGCUGAUGUCAAUAUGAAGAGUAAAGAUGGAAAAACCCCACUGCAUAUGACCGCCCUCCACGGUAGAUUCUCCAGAUCACAGACCAUUAUCCAGAGUGGAGCUGUAAUUGACUGUGAAGAUAAGAAUGGAAAUACCCCUUUGCACAUAGCAGCCCGGUAUGGCCAUGAGCUGCUCAUCAACACUCUUAUUACAAGUGGUGCUGACACUGCAAAGCGUGGUAUACAUGGGAUGUUCCCGCUCCAUCUGGCAGCCUUAAGUGGUUUCUCAGACUGCUGCAGGAAACUCCUCUCUUCAGGAUUUGACAUAGAUACCCCAGAUGAUUUUGGCAGGACCUGUCUACAUGCAGCUGCAGCUGGAGGAAAUUUGGAGUGCCUAAACCUUCUGCUAAAUACUGGUGCAGACUUCAACAAAAAGGAUAAAUUUGGAAGAUCUCCCCUGCACUACGCUGCUGCCAACUGCAAUUACCAGUGCCUGUUUGCUCUUGUGGGGUCAGGGGCAAGUGUGAAUGACCUGGAUGAAAGAGGCUGCACGCCGCUGCACUAUGCGGCUACAUCAGACGCAGACGGCAAGUGCCUGGAAUACUUACUAAGAAAUGAUGCAAAUCCCGGGAUCCGGGACAAGCAAGGAUACAAUGCAGUUCAUUACUCAGCUGCAUAUGGCCACCGUCUGUGUCUUCAGCUGAUUGCAAGUGAAACUCCUUUAGAUGUUUUAAUGGAAACCUCGGGAACAGACAUGUUGAGUGAUUCAGAUAAUAGAGCAACAAUAAGUCCUUUACAUUUGGCUGCUUAUCAUGGUCAUCACCAAGCGCUGGAAGUGUUGGUACAGUCUUUGUUAGAUCUUGAUGUAAGAAAUAGUAGUGGUAGAACGCCCUUAGACCUUGCAGCAUUUAAGGGCCAUGUUGAGUGUGUGGAUGUCCUCAUUAAUCAGGGAGCUUCAAUCCUCGUAAAAGACUACGUUUUGAAGAGAACACCUAUUCAUGCAGCAGCAACAAAUGGUCACUCAGAAUGCUUACGGUUAUUAAUAGGAAAUGCAGAACCACAGAAUGCAGUAGAUAUUCAAGAUGGAAAUGGGCAGACACCUCUUAUGCUGUCUGUUCUCAACGGGCACACGGACUGUGUAUAUUCACUACUGAACAAAGGAGCAAAUGUAGAUGCCAAAGAUAAGUGGGGAAGGACAGCACUGCAUAGAGGGGCAGUUACAGGCCAUGAAGAAUGUGUAGAUGCAUUACUUCAACAUGGUGCUAAGUGCUUACUACGGGACAGCAGGGGCCGGACACCUAUACAUUUGUCAGCUGCCUGUGGACACAUUGGAGUUCUUGGAGCCCUUUUGCAGUCAGCAGCAUCUGUGGAUGCAAAUCCAGCCAUAGUAGACAGUCAUGGGUAUACAGCACUUCACUGGGCUUGCUACAAUGGUCAUGAGACAUGUGUGGAACUACUUUUAGAACAGGAUGUUUUCCAGAAAAUAGAUGGAAAUGCUUUCAGUCCAUUGCACUGUGCUGUGAUUAAUGACAAUGAAGGUGCUGCUGAGAUGCUUAUUGACACCUUAGGAGCCAGCAUUGUGAAUGCCACAGAUUCAAAGGGAAGAACUCCUCUCCAUGCUGCUGCCUUCACAGACCAUGUAGAGUGUUUACAGCUGCUGCUCAGCCAUAAUGCUCAAGUCAAUUCUGUGGACUCUACUGGAAAAACACCUCUCAUGAUGGCUGCAGAAAACGGGCAAACCAAUACAGUUGAGAUGCUGGUUAGCAGCGCCAGUGCAGAUCUGACUUUACAAGAUAAGAGUAAAAACACCGCCCUUCAUUUGGCUUGCGGCAAGGGUCAUGAAACUAGUGCCUUGUUAAUACUGGAAAAGAUAACAGAUAGAAACCUCAUCAAUGCAACCAACGCAGCCUUGCAAACACCUCUGCAUGUUGCUGCCCGAAACGGGCUAACGAUGGUUGUUCAGGAGCUUCUGGGGAAAGGAGCGAGUGUACUUGCUGUCGAUGAAAAUGGUUAUACCCCAGCUUUGGCCUGUGCUCCCAAUAAGGAUGUGGCUGACUGCCUGGCUCUCAUUUUGGCCACCAUGAUGCCUGUCUCAUCAAGUAGUCCGUUGUCAUCCCUGACAUUCAAUGCCAUUAACCGUUAUACCAACACCUCAAAAACAGUUAGCUUUGAAGCCUUGCCUAUCAUGAGGAAUGAACCUAGCUCCUAUUGCAGUUUCAACAACAUUGGUGGGGAACAGGAGUACUUGUACACUGAUGUGGACGAGCUCAACGACUCUGAUUCUGAGACCUACUGAAAGGCUGAGCCUGGGCCUCUACGGAAGCUCUGACACUGAAACUUCAAACCAGCUUUUUCAGGAAAAAAGCACUUUUCUUACUCAGACACAGAUUCAACCUGAAGAAAGAUCACGCAGUGAACAAAUAGAAGUAUUGUGAUGACAUUAGGAAGAAGAAUCUUAAAGGCAAGUUUUGCAAAAGGAACUUCUAGAAUCUUAAUAAUGACUUGACCAGUGGAAAACACAUUGAUGUCAGUUGCUUUGUGGGACUGUUUUAAUUGGCUUUGCAGUGCCAGAAAUUGGGACACUGCUCCCUGACCUGCUUAUGUGGGCAACACUGCUGUUAAAGAAGAGAUAAAAACACUAGGUUAAAAUUUACCCAUAAAAUUAGAGCUAAAUUUAAAUGCAAUAAAAGUUUCAUAUAAUAGGCAUUAUGUUACACACCAAAUUGCCAUGGACCAAAUAACGUACAGAUUUUUUUAUUAGAACUCCAUUUUGUGGAAAUGGAAAUAGGUGGAAUGAGACAGCUUCUAAAGCAAACUUCAAUACUUCUGAAAAUAAAGCUGAGAUUUGGUUUGAUGUUGAUUUUUAUUAAGAAAACAUCUGAAAGCCUUUCAGUACUGUAUUAAACCAUAAGAAGAAGCAGAUGUAUUUUUACAUUUUUAUAUAAAAGAUCUUAAAUUACAGUUUUUAUAGAAUUCAAGACCAGAUGACUAGGUGCAGUGUGGGUAAAAGUACUUGUGACAGAGAUAUAGAUUAGGUCAGGGCUGUUGCCCACUUUUGAGUGGUUUGGUUUUAAAUUGAACUAUUUUUGUUUAAGGGAUGCCGUGAAGGAAAUUGUUUAUGGAAUUAAAAACGGAUUAUUCCCUAUUGUAAUGUAGUGGCUCUGGGGAGUGGGGCUGUCUGAGACUCUACUUGGGGAGCACACGUUCAUCACUUUUAGGUGACUUGGGGUCUCUGCGUUUGCGCUGGAGCGCUUUUACUGUUAUUUAUUUUAAUCUUAACUUUGCCAAGCAAGAAUCAAAAUAAAAAAAUGUUUAAAGACUCUUGUUACAAGACAUUAUCUAAAGCUAGUUGUGAAUUCUAUACAAACUGGAAUUUUCAACAUUUUUAUGUAAAAGAAAACAAUGUAAAAAUACAUCUGCUUUCUCUCAUGGUUUAGUACAGUACUGUAAGGCAUUCAGCUCUUUCUUUUUUUCUUUUCUUUUCUUUCUUUCUUUUUUUUUUUUUUUUAAAAAAAAACAGGAUCUUUCUGUGUAGUCCUGGCUAUCCUGGAACUCACUCUAUAGAACAGGCUGGUCUUGAACUCACAGGGAUCCACCUGCCUUUAUCUCUCUGAGUGCUGGGGUUAAAGGUGUGUGCCACCAACACCUGGCUUCAGAUAUUUUCUUCAUAAAAGUCAACAUGAAACCAUUUGACUCCAUUUUCAGAAGUAUUGAGGUUUGUUUUUGAUGAUGAGUCGUAACAAACAGAAUCAGGUUACUCGGAAGGCAUUUCUGUAUUGGGCAAGAGUUAAAAUCCUACAGGCUUUAGGUUCUACUCAGAUCUAGAGCACAUGUGCAGCUUGUCACUGUCGGAGAGAGAUCGCCUGCCCAACUGAAGACGGCCUUUCAGGUAGUAGAGAAGAGGCUGACAUGAGGCUUUUAAAUAACACUCGUCUGUGCUUCGGUGUUUACUCUUAAGUGUCACUUUCCCGGUAGAAUGAGUUCACACGGGAGGUCUCACUAGAGCUGAGUAAAGUUCCAUCCAUUGCAACAAACGAUACUCAGUUUCAUCUUAACCUUUUUGUAUUGUGAAACUGGACCUUUAUGACAUUGUAAAUUAUCAGCUGGUUUUUCUGAAUAUAAAGUGUGAAAACACAGAACAGUAUUUUGAUCUAUUUGAUAAUUUUGUGGGUUUUUUGAAGAAUUAAUGAGCAUGUACAUAGAAAUAGUGACUGCUUGAAUACUGUAUUUACUUGCACUCUUUCAGUACAUCAAGAUUCCUGUAUAUUUUAGAGUAUAAUAAAACACAGAUGUGAGUUGUAUUUAAUGAAUAAUGUAUUUGUAUCUGUGCAUAUUACUUAAAAAUCUAUAAAGUUUCUAGGGCAUUGACUACUAGAUUUUAAGCAUUUUUUCUAAAAUAUUUACAAAAUUAUAAAUAUAAUCUCCAUCUUUUCUUUAUAAUAUAAAGUCAUAAUGAACCCUUCCUGAUUAAUAGUGGUAGAAGGGUAAAUAUGCAUUUUAAAGACCGUAGACUACAUUUUCUAUUGUACCUUUUAAAAAAGAAAACUCAAGAGGAUUCUAAAAGUAUACCAUAUGUGUGCUUUCUCUUUCCUUUUAGGAAUUCUCUUCUGAAUUCCCUGAGGGAAUUUUCUAGAAUCUCAGAAUUGAAAGAGACCUGAGGUUCAUCCAGUCUAACCUCUUAACAAAUGCAGGAGUCCCUUCUCCAAGGUUGUCUUUCCACCUUGAACACUUCCAGUGACUACCUCACGAGCAGUCCAUUGUUGAGCAGCUCUGUUAGGAAGGUCUCCUUAAUGGAGUGGAAGCCUCCCUCCCGGUAACUUCUGUCCUUGGGCCCAGCUCUGUCCUCCAAGAGUGUUGGAAGGAUGAAUCUUCCACCCUCUGCCAUGACUUCUUUCACAGGCUGUUGACUCCUUUUGCUGAAGUGAUUUCCAGAAGGACUCAUUAGACACAUUGUCUCCACAUCUAUUGAGAUCCAAGGUGUAGCUAUAAAGUAACAAACUCAUCUUUUAAUUUAUCCUCAUGUGUCUGUAGAGACCACAGAUACUGCAUCAUUUUAUGUAAAUGAUGCCAUAACUGAAAACAUUGGGAGGUGGUUUGUGCUAUUAUCAGCCAGCUGGGAAAGCCGUUCCUUUGCUUUGUGAUAGUUUGUCCCACGGGUUUUGGUGUGUGCUGGAAGAGGGAAGUUCUGAAGUCCUGUCCCAGAAAGUGUUGGCCAGCACCAGUAUUCAGAGUAAAUACAGGAGCAAAGCACAGCGCCAUGAGUUACUUUAUAGUUACACACACCCAGUGGGGGAAAAGCCCUGGACCUGGUUCUGUUGUGUUUUUAUCCUCACCCACAAGGGAAAAGCCCAUGAGCUUUAACGUGUGCGUGAAAGAUGACAUCUGAGAUGUGUAUUACAGUAAUACCAUAUUUUGCUCAAAAACAACUUUGGGGAAAUAGUGAUGAUAGGUGACCUCGAACAGUGCCAUUUAUAGUUCAGGAGAUCUCUAAAUGUAGCUGUAAAUUUGGGGUUAAUUUGGCUUCAUAUAUUGGAUCUUUUAAAUGAAAUAAAUUUUAAUGCAAAAA